CUGGCCCCACUUGGGGUGUCCCAGGCGCAGCUGACCGCAUGCUGGGCCAGGCAGGGCAAGCGCUGGCUCUCCCCAGAGCAAAGGCUGUUUGAUCUCUUUGUGUGUGUCUGUCACACUGCGUUCUUCCUUCCCCCCUAGACCUAACCCUGUCUGGCCUGCCCCUUGCGCUCUUCUCCUAGCGUGUGUGAGCAAAUAGAUUCCUGAUGUGCUGCCUGAUGCAAGGGCUGCUCGCUGAAGUACACAACUGGAUGAGAUGGUCUGUGAACUUGCCAGGAGUUUCCCUCCUCGGUGAAUUUGUUGAGGUGCUGGACCGCAGCUCUGGGGGACAGAAGUAGCAUUUGCGUGGGCACUGCUAGAAGUGUCUUAGACUUGAAUUAUUGCCUAAACUUAGGCUGUCUGUGUCCAGGUGAAGUCUUAAACAUAUCUGGGAUGAGGUAAUGUAGUAACUUAGUCUGUGAGGGAGGAGGAGAUGUGAAGCUCUCCUGAUGCGAUUGCCAGGUUACUUCUGUGAUGAUUCUUCAAGCUGCUGCGCCUGGGGUUUGUCUCUGCUGCAGCGAUGCUUGGGUAGGUCCAGCCACGCUCUGCCGCUUGUUAGAGCAAGGAUGUAAGUAAGCUCUGUGUGUGGGGAAAUGCCUUGAAGUUGCAUGCUAGUUGAACAGCAAACAUGAACUCUGUACUGCCUGGGUGUUUGUGCAUUAUUGAACUUCUCCCACAGGUGCCCAAGCAAAGCCAGGACUUCCAGUCCCACUUCCCUGCUGCAGCAAUGUCUGCUUCCUUCAAAAGGCAUGGGAUUAUUUGGAUUAAAUGUCUUCCUACACUGAGAAGAAGGGCUGUGCAUCUUGAGCAUGAAGCUUGCUGUGGGGUGAACUAAUUGCUGGCUAGAUGAGAGAGGGCUGUUUUCUCAGAGGGUUUGAACACCGCUAUUGGGAAACGAAUGUUUGGUGUGCUGAGGUGUUCUGUACCACACCUUCUCCCCGCUCUCCAGCCCUGCCAGCCUGACUCUUGUAGCUGUUGGAUUUCUCCCAGGCAGGCUGCUGUCAGGACACAGGGGGAAGGUUGUCUAAUCUCCAGCACUGACCAACAAUGCCAUCAGCUAUGGAGGGCUCAGAGAGGGGAGAAGAAGGGGAAACCUUGCGCUAUGAGGAAACAGAAGAUGACAACGUCAGUCCCACUGACCUUUCAGAGCUGCUGAAGGAGGGGACUAAGGAAUCCCACGACCGUGCGGAGAACACCCAGUUUGUCAAAGACUUCCUGAAAGGGCGGAUCAAGAAGGAGCUCUUCAAGCUGGCCACCGUGGCACUUUACUUCACGUACUCUGCACUGGAAGAGGAAAUGGAUCGCAACAAGGACAACCCAGUCUUUGCUCCUCUGUAUUUCCCCCUAGAGCUUCACCGGAGAGAAGCAUUGGUCAAAGACCUGAAAUAUUUCUAUGGAGAAGACUGGAAAGAGAAGAUCCAGUGUUCAGAGGCAACUCAGCACUAUGUGGACAGAAUCCAUCAUGUGGGACAGCACGAGCCAGAGCUGUUAGUGGCUCACGCUUACACACGCUAUAUGGGGGACCUCUCAGGUGGCCAAGUGCUGAAGAAGGUAGCCCAGAGGGCCCUGAAGUUGCCCAGUGCUGAGGAAGGGAUCCAGUUCUACAUGUUUGAUAACAUUUCCAACGCGCAGCAGUUCAAGCAGCUCUACAGAGCGAGGAUGAAUGCUCUGGACUUGGACAGGAACACCAAGGAAAGGAUCGUGGAAGAGGCCAACCGAGCCUUCAGAUUUAACAUGCAGGUAUUUGAUGAACUGGACAAGAUCGGCAGGUCGCUGGCAGAAGAAGCCCAAGAUGGAGGCUUUCCAGUCCACGAUGGAAAAGGAGACCUGCGCAAAUGCCCUUACUAUGCAGACAAACUAGGCGGGGCAGGACCCAGCUGCCCCUUCCACGCUGCUACUGGCCCUGGAAAACACCCCCCCUCCAACUCAAGAGGUGCUUUCUGUUCAGACCUUACCAGCUGGUGA